AUGGUUGGCCAGGCAGGGAAAGCAUUCAUGGUUUCACAGUUUAAAGAGCUCUACGAUCUUAUAAAGCAAAUGGAUUGGAGAUGUUGGGAUUAUUUGGAGAAAAUCGACAAGAGGUUGUGGACGCGUUCUCAUUUUGAAAGGAACCGGUUCAAUAUGAUGACUUCCAACAUAGCGGAAUCUUUGAAUAAGACGCUCCUUCCAGUGCGUGAUAGUCCUAUAAUGGCCAUGUUCGAGUUUAUAAGACAUAAGCUUAGUACAUGGUUUGAGAGCCGACGGUGCGAGAUCAGUAAAAUGAAGGGUAACGUUCCGAAGGAAAUUGAAAAAAUCAAUGUUGAACAGUUGGUUUUGUCUACUGGUCUUCUCGUUUUGCCAUGUUCCACUUGGAUCUUCGAAGUUACCAACGCGCCAACGGGGUUCAGUUUCACUGUUGACCUCGAGAAACGGACAUGCACUUGCCUAGAAUUCCAAACGCUGGGGUUGCCAUGCCGACAUGCCAUAGCCGCUGCUUCUUAUCGGAAAACGGAGUACAAUCUUUUGGUUUGUAAGCAUCAUCAGAAACAUACAUUGGCUGAAACUGUGAAGGGUAUCAUACUGCCUAUUCCUGAUCCAAAAGAUGUCCUUGUUCCAUCCAAAAUUCUUCAGAUCCACAGAUGGAUCUGCAUCCACCAACGACAAAACGAACUAAGGGAAGGCCCGGGGUGA